GACCGUCAUUCAGUGAACAUGAGCGAGUCGGUUAUCAUGUUUAUUUUGGCUCGCUGAGGAAACAUGAGAGGAGGUUUACGUUCUACCAGACUAUGAGGCUGAAAGCAAGCGCGGUAGGCCCCACUCGAUCCUGCGGUUUUCCUACAGCGCGUGAACGGAAAAGAGGGUGCUUGUGAGGCUUGAAGUCCGGCUUUGGACCGCUGGACGCUCAGUAGCCGGUUGAGUGCGACAUCUGGCGUUGGAAGUCAUCAUGACAGGGGUGUGUGGUUGUUGUGGAGCGCUGAGGCCUCGCUACAAGAGACUGGUGGAUAACAUCUUUCCUGAAGACCCGGAGGAUGGGUUGGUCAAGGCCAACAUGGAGAAACUGACUUUCUAUGCCCUGUCAGCUCCAGAGAAGCUGGAUCGGAUCGGGGCAUAUCUGUCUGAAAGACUGUCCCGUGAUGUAGCUAGACAUCGUUAUGGGUAUGUGUGUAUUGCAAUGGAAGCUCUGGACCAGCUUCUAAUGGCCUGCCACUGUCAGAGUAUCAAUCUGUUUGUAGAGAGUUUCUUAAAGAUGGUACGAAAACUCCUGGAGGCUGACAAACCCAACCUGCAAAUCCUGGGAACAAACUCGUUUGUGAAGUUUGCUAACAUCGAGGAGGACACCCCUUCUUAUCACCGCAGUUAUGAUUUCUUUGUGUCACGGUUUAGUGAGAUGUGCCAUUCUGGCUUUGAGGACCCCGAUAUCCGCACCAAAAUUCGAAUGGCUGGAAUCAAAGGUCUGCAGGGAGUAGUGAGGAAGACUGUGAACGAUGAGUUGCAGGCCAAUAUCUGGGAUCCUCAGCACAUGGACAAGAUCGUCCCGUCACUGCUCUUCAAUCUGCAAUCUGGUGAAGGCACAGAGAGUCGCUCUCCCUCGCCGCUGCAGGCCAGUGAGAAGGAGAAGGAAAGCCCGGCUGAGCUGACGGAGCGCUGCUUUCGGGAACUGCUGGGUCGAGCCGCUUACGGCAACAUCAAGAACGCAGUCACCCCUGUGCUGAUGCAUCUUGACAAUCACUCACUGUGGGAAGGCAAAACAUUUGCCGUGCGCUGUUUUAAGAUCAUCAUGUACUCCAUUCAGUCCCAGCAUUCUCAUCUGGUCAUUCAGCAGCUCUUGGGUCAUUUGGAUGCCAACAGUAAGAGCUCCGCCACAGUGCGUGCUGGGAUAGUGGAGGUGCUCCUGGAAGUGGCUGCCAUUGCUGCCAGUGGCUCUGUUGGCCCCACUGUGUUAGAGGUUUUCAACACACUGCUUCGGCAUUUGAGGCUCAGUGUGGACUAUGAACUCACAGGAUCGUACGACUGCACCAACAUCGGCACCAAAAUCAUCAAGGAGCACGAGGAGAGGCAGCUGCAAGAAGCCGUCAUCCGCACUAUUGGCUCAUUUGCAAACACAUUACCGACUUACCAGCGCUCUGAGGUGAUGCUCUUCAUCAUGGGGAAGGUCCCGAUUCCAGGCCUGCAUCCUACACUGCCCUCUAUAGGCUCAGGGCCUGAGGGCAACCGAAUGAUCCAAGUUAUGCUGUUGAAGUCUCUGAGACAGGUCACGUGUGGUUUUCAAACAACUAAUAUGCUGACAGCUCUUCCCAACUCCUUUUUGGAUCCCAUGCUGUCAUUUGCUCUGCUAGAGGAUGCAGAAAUUCGGCUGCUGGUGCUAGAAAUUCUGGUCAGCCUCAUCGAUCGCCAUGAUAACCUCCCCAAGUUCUCCAACAUCUGCAUCAUCUCUGAUAUCUCUGUGCUUAAACUCAAAGUGGACAAAUGCUCACGUCAGGACAACCUCUUCAUGAAGAAGCAUGCGCAGCACCUGUACCGACACAUCUAUCUGUGCAGUAAGGAGCUGAGCAGCGUUCAGCCUCACUUUGAGAAGCUUUAUUCGCUCCUGGCCCUCAUUAGCAUGGAGCUGGCCAAUGAAGAGGUGGUGGUAGACCUGAUCCGUGUGGCACUCGCUCUGCAGGAUUUGGCUCUGAGCAGUGAGGAGAUGUUACCAGUGUACAACCGCUGUGCUAUUCAUGCCCUGUCUUCAGCUUACCUCAAUCUCAUCAGUCAGCUCACAACAGUGCCUGCUUUCUGCCAGCACGUUCAUGAGGUGAUUGAAAUGAGGCAAAAAGAAAUUCCUUAUCUGUUACCGGAGGAUGUCUUCAUUGAAAACCCAAAGAUUCCUAAAACACUAGAGAAGCUGGAGGGAGACAUUUUGUUCCAACAAGCCAAGAUCACUGAGGUUCUUGGAGGAAGCGGCUACAACACUGAACGACUCGCUACACCUUAUGUCCCACAAUUCACAGAUGAAGACCGGCUGUCAAAGAGGAAGAGUAUUGGAGAAACAAUCUCUCUCCAGGUGGAGGUGGAGUCCAGAAACAGUCCAGAGAAAGAGGAGAGAACACCUGCUGAAGAAAUCACAUUUGAAACACUAAAAAAUGCCAUUGUGGACAGUGUAGGAGUGGAGGAGCAGGAGAAGGAACGCAGGAGACAAGUAGUGGAGAAGUUCCAGAAGGCCCCGUUUGAGGAAAUAGCUGCCCACUGUGGUGCCAGAGCUACGAUGCUGCAGAGCAAACUUAAUCAAAUCUUUGAAAUCACCAUCAGGCCUCCUCCCAGUCCAUCUGGAACCAUCACAUCAAGUUACGGCCAAACCCAGAGUCGCUCUGUCCCCGUUUAUGAGAUGAAGUUUCCAGACUUGUGUGUUUACUAGCGCAGCUCAUCUCAGGAUUCAGGAACCUUCAGUAGCAGCCAGAGGUGCAGGGAGCUGGAGGGUUUCACAUGUUAAAUUAUAUUUUGAUGUUUUUAAUACAGGGAAACUAAGAGGUCACCCCCUUCUCCAUCCUAUAAGCCUCACUGCUGUAUGUGUUUCUCGCUGUGACCGUAGACGAAACAAUUUUUGAACUUAAUCCCUGUUACUCCUCUAUAAUUGUAAAUAUUUGAUCUUUUUUGAUCUCAUCCAUGAUAAAAUCAGGUUGUAUAUUACAGCAAAAUCUCGACAGGGAAUUAUUUUAGGACAUGUUUGGGUCCCCAAAAAGUGUAAGAAAGAAAUAAUAGAUAGUAUUUUGUGUAAACUUAAUUUAGUUUUUUUUUUUUUUUUGCAUAGUGACAUUUAGACUGCAAUUAAGUACAUUUAUGCUAAAAAGCACAUUUUUCUGCUGAAAUUAAUUCAAGUUGAAAAUUCUUUAUGCCUGCCCUUUAAUUAUGUGUAUUGCAAUGUUAAUUUCAUUACUGUCAUUAUUUAAAGUAUUAUAAUAUAAAAUUGCCUUUGACAAAAAAAAUUUAUAAUAACGUCAGUAAAUUCUGAGACUACAGCAUUGAAAAUUAUGGCGGUAAAUAGUGCUUAAUUGUCAAAAUACUGUCAUGAUGCAAACAAAAUAUAUUUAUAUAUAGAUGAACAUCUGCCACAGGGUUUUAUAUAUACACACACACAUACAUACACAUGCAUAUAUAAAUAUACAUAUAUAAAAAGAUAGAAUUAUUAGAUAAAAGUUAGAAAUGUCACAAUUGUGUGUUUUUUAUAACAAUUCUGAGGGGGGAAAUCAUAAUUGUAAGGUCUAAACUUGGAAUUUCUAGUAUUUUAAAACACUUUUCCUUUUUAUAUACAGUGCUCAACAUAAUUAAGUACACCCCAUUUUGAAAAUGAAUAUUUGUAUCCAUUUCUCAGUGAAUAUAGCAAUCUAUG